AUGGAAAAGGUUUCAAAACUCAGUAUUAUCUUCCGUGACGAACUACAAAACUUCAACAAUGACUAUGUCGAAAAUAUAGAUGUCGUCGGCAAAAAAACAUCUAAUUCAUCAUCGGACAAUGAAAGCGACCAAUUCGCCAGCUUGUUUGGUUCUUCGUCACCGUCUUCGUUUCAAAUGCCUCUUCAGUACCCGAAUUACGCAAAGGAACAGUACGACAUUAUGUCGGAGGAAGAACUCGAUCGACUUCUCAAACUCUAUGGUCUGCCUACAGAUAUCGGUAACUUGUCCUGCAAAAAAGAAUUUGCAGUGGGUGCAUUCUUGUGGGAGACGGGGUUAAAUUCUUCUCUGGAUGAGCAUGAUUCAGUAAACCCUAAUUCGUCCAUUGAUGAUUUGGAAGAGAGAUCUUUGAUAGGGUUAGUGACAGUUCUAGUAAAGGAUAUGGUUCAAUUUAUAUUCCGUGGGUAG